AUGGAGAUAAUUCAUCGGAGACGAACGAAUGUUUUUUGUCAAUUCUUUACUUCAGCAGAAAUAACGGCACUCAAGGUGUGCUAUAGUUUUCUUGGAUCAGUUGGUUUGAUCGAGAACAUCGGUGUUAUCCUAGUUCUCUUGUCCAAGAGAGUAAUGCUUGACGUGCCUUCCAAUUGGUUUGUUUUAAGUCUGGCUGUCGCUGAUGCAGUUACAUGUCUUGCAGUAAUUUUUCUAGUUUUUAUCAUCGAUGUUAAAAUUGGCACUACCUUGAUUGCUAUCUUUGCUACUAUUGUUCAAUUUGCUAUGUUUUCCAGCACUGGUAAUCUUUCACUUUUGACAUUCAAUAGAUUUCUCUCCGUGUACAGUUCAUUGAGAUAUACUGCUUUUAUGACAAUCAACAGAGCGAAGCGUCUGGUUUGCGUACCUUGGAUCUCUGUAGGAUUGAUAACUGUGUUUUUAGGAUACUCUUUCCAGGAAGGAAUUGAGAAUGCAAGCUACAUAGGUAACGCAUAUUACACAGUAUUAAUCAUAGUGAUAAGUGCUCUCAACGUGUACAUGUUUAAGCAAGCCAGUGACAAGCGUAAAGUCGAUGCACAAAAUGCAGUUCCAAGCUUUAAAAGGAAAUUACUCAAGAGAGAAUAUCGUUUGUUCAUACGUUUACUGAUCGUGAACUUGACAUUUUUUGGAUCUUGUAUUCCAGUGAUGAUUAUGUUAUAUCUCUACCCAACCAAAGAAUCCCGACAGACGUCCUCAUUUCGAUAUAAAAUCACUUGGUUUUAUUUAGUCUCGGUACUCAAUGCUGCUAUUGAUCCUCUCGUUUAUUCUAUAAACCAUCCGAUAUUUAAAAGAUAUUUUAACAAAUUUCAGAAUAUGCUUUACUCCAAAACUUCCGCUGUUCCUUAUGUCUUUGAACAAGUAUAA